GGUAUCCAAUUCGAAAUAUAAAAAAUACCUCAAUAAAUGUUAUAGGAUGUUACAAAACAUAUCUAAAUCCGAAUUGUUAUUAACCGAACUCAAAUGGGUAAUUCGAAAACUCGAAAAAUCCGAAAACCCAAAAAAAUAUCUAAAAAACUCAAUCUGAAUGUCCAAAUUAAUAUACAAUAUAAAUAUUUGAAACUUAAAUAUGUACUUCAAAUAUUUAAUUUUGUAUUUAUUUGGAUAUGAUAUCUUACAAUAAUAAGUAUUUGAAAUUUAAGUAAAUACGUUAAAUACUCCAUUAUAUACAAAGAAAAAUAUAUAUUUUAUGUUUUACUUUUAAAUUUCAGAUUUUAUUUAGGAUAUAUCCGAACUAAUUCGAUAUAACCUGAAUCUAAAUGAUAUAUAGUUACUCUAGAUAUUUAAAUCGAUUUAAAACUGAAGUGUUAUAUUUGAAUUCUAUCUUUACUUGUAAAUUUAUUAAAAUGGAACUUAAGAAGUAUUAUAAAAUAGAACUGAAAUCUAAAAAACCCGAUUCGAACCCAAAUGCAUGCGUAAGGGAAACCAUGAGGAUGGCUUGUACAUGUGUCGUCACUUGUCAGUUGCAUGAGGUGACUGGAAAAACUAAAACUGAAGUUCAAUAAAUAAAAUUAUUAAACCCGUCCGAGAUUGGAUCGAGACCCGUACCCAUUAACAAUCCGACCCGGCGUAAAGCAGCAAACUUUAGGUUUUAACUUUCAUCGGACAAAACAGAGUCAAAUCAAUCAGACAACAAAAAUGCUCGCGAAGCUUCGUAUUAGUAAGCUUCUCUCAUCUUCCUUACCUCGGAGAAUCUAUCAACGGCGGUUUCUCGCAACCCACAAUGCCUUCUCUAACUCUGAGGAGUCACCCGAGUCGCCGGAGCUUCCAUCUUGGAUCAAAGACUUCCUCUCAAACAAACCUUCUUCCUCUUCAAACCCAAUCUCCGACGACGAAGACUUCGUCAUCCCUUCCUUAGCUCACUGGGUCGAGACCCAGAAGCUCGGCCGCGAAGAAGCCUCCUCAACAGGACACGUCGCGAAGAAACCAAUCGAAGAUAUCGAUAAAGUCUCCGACUUUCUCAACAAGAAGGAAGCUUCUCACGAAGACAUCGUCAAAGCCCUGAGUAAAUGCGACGUCGUUGUAUCGGAGACUCUGGUACUGCAAGUUCUGAGGAGAUUCAGCAACGGGUGGAACCAAGCUUACGCCUUUUUCACUUGGGCAAAUUCGCAAACAGGUUAUACGCAUUUCCCUCACGCUUACAACGCGAUGGUUGACGUGUUGGGGAAGUGCAGGAACUUCGAUUUGAUGUGGGCACUAGUCGAUGAGAUGUCCGAGCUUGUCACGCUCGAUACCAUGAGUAAAGUCAUGAGGAGGUUGGCCAAGUCAGGGAAGUAUAACGAAGCUGUUGACGCGUUUCUAGAGAUGGAGAGGAAGUAUGGUGUGGGGAUGGAUACUAAUGCUAUGAACAGUUUGAUGGAUGCACUUGUGAAGGAGAACAGCAUAGAGCAUGCUCAUGAGGCGUUUUUGAAGAUGUUUGAUACUGUUAAACCGGAUUCGAGGACGUUUAACAUUUUGAUUCAUGGGUUUUGUAAAGCUAGGAGGUUUGAUGACGCUAGGACGAUGAUGGAUGUGAUGAAGGUUGCUGGGUUUGGUCCUGAUGUUGUUACUUACACUAGCUUUGUGGAGGGUUAUUGUAAAGAAGGGGAUUUUAGGAGAGUUAAUGAGGUCUUGGAGGAGAUGCGAGAGAACGGGGUUAAGCCUAAUGUUGUGACUUAUACCAUUGUGAUGCAUUCUUUGGGUAAGGCUAGACAAGUAGCUGAAGCUUUGGGAGUGUAUGAGAAGAUGAAAGAAGACGGGUGUGUUCCUGAUGCUAAGUUUUAUAGCUCGUUGAUACAUAUUUUGUCUAAGACCGGUAGGUUUAAUGAUUCGGUGGAGAUAUUCGAGGAUAUGACGAAACAAGGAGUUUCUCGUGAUGUUUUGGUGUACAAUACGAUGAUCUCCGCUGCGGUUCAUCACUCGCGAGAUGAGAUGGCUCUACGUUUGCUUAAAAGGAUGGAAGAGGAAGAGGGGGAGGGAUCAUGUAGUCCGAACGUUGAGACUUAUGCUCCGUUGCUGAAGAUGUGUUGCCAGAAGAAGAAGAUGAAGCUGCUUGGAGCUUUGUUGCGUCACAUGGUGAGAAACGAUGUUAGUAUCGAUGUGGCGACGUAUAUUCUUCUGAUAAGAGGGUUGUGUAUGAGCGGGAAAGUUGAAGUGGCUUGCUUGUUCUUUGAGGAGGCGAUGCGGAAAGGAAUGGUUCCUAGAGAUAGCACUUGUAAGAUGCUGGUGGAGGAGCUGGAGAAGAAAGGUAUGGGAGAAGCAAAACUCAAGAUUCAGAGUUUGGUUCAAUCCAAAGUGAUGACCAAGUCGCAAAGUUAUUUACCUGUUGCGUAGAGUUUAGGGAGUUUGGAGUUAGUGGCUCUCAAAAGUUUUGUUUCUGUGGAAUGUUAAAUUCAUAUAUACCUUGUUAGGUCUCAAGGCAUGUUUUUUUUUCAUACUGUUUACUGAAAUGAAGUAAAAAACCAACAUUGUUUUUGUAGUGUUGGAUGAAGCAAAUCAAUGGAUGUUAAGUUUUGGAUA